AAUGACUAUUUGUUUUUCAUUGUAGAUAAGAAAAAUGCAUAUAUUAUGCAUGUGUAUAUUUUUAAUUCCUUUAUGGCAUUUUCUAUCUGUAUACACUCAAAAUGUAUAUGCAUCAGAAGGUGCUAAUGUAACCAUUAAAUGCAAACUGUUUCCAAACAGCAAGUCGACAUGGGACAAAGUAAAGUCCAAUGAAAAAAAUACAGUCAUUUUGUAUGCAGAUGGUAAUGAGAUCAAUCCAGAUUUACCUAAUAAGCAAAACCUUGCAAUUGUUGGUAAUAUAAACGAAGGUGACUAUAAUCUCCAAAUACAAAAUGUAUCAUUGAACGACGACGGGAUUUACAUAUGUUCCCAAAGAAGCAAUGAACAGGGGAUAUUGGAGUCCUACGUUACACUUAAGAUAACAGAUAGCAGAACAACCAGCCCAUCAGUUGACUCUUCUUUGGUGAACAACACGACAACCAAUUUAAUUGACAAUGUAUCAGACGACGACUUUAAAUCUACAUAUGUAUAUGGGUAUUGUUGGAUAUUAAUGGGCAGUAUAGCUGCAGGAAUAGCUUUAUUAUGUGGAUGCUUACAUAUUUUCUGCUACAGUGAGCGUGGAAAAAACAUGAGCGAGAUUGUUAACAUGAAUCCAGAUAAUAACUAUGAUGAAAUAGGAACUUUGAAUUACAACAAUGCUAUUUUUGAUCAUACAGCCAACAAUGCAGGAUUGAAUAAUGAUAAUGCCUCAAGCAGUAUCGAAAGUAACGAUAAUAUAUUAAGAGCCGAUGUUGUUCAUGUUGUUAGCUCUGAUGACAGCUCUUCUAUAAAACAAUCUGGUGACGGUUAUGAAAAUCCGUAUCAAGCGAUAAAUCUUUGUGAUAUCGAUAUGCAUCAUUAUAGUAACAUCGUCUCAAGCCAUUAUCAAAACACGAUUAUAUUUCCACCUAGCUUGUCGAAAAAUACUUCCAAAUACUUAAAUAUUUCAAUGGAUAGUCUCAUAAAUCACUGGCUUGUAAUAUACAAAAGAAAACAAUGAGCUGAUUCAAGAAAAUUACAAAAGACAUGCUAUCACAGGAGACAAAUUUUGAUUGGAAUAGCAUGUAUAAUAACUUAUUCCAUAAGUUUCAAAUUUAUAUAACUAUCUUUAUUUGUAUCUUUGCGUUAAUGAAUCAUCAACCAUUCAUGAUUUCUUGAUUUUACGUCAAUCAUGAUGACUAGUUUACAAACAUGAGCAGUUGGUACAUAUGUCUGAAUACGUCAUAUACAACAUAAACCGUCAUCAAAAUAUUUUAAAUAAUAGGCUGUCGAAUUAUUUGCUAUGUUUCUUUUUUGUGCAAGUAGUAAAGUAAUCUUUGCAUUGUUUGUCUUUCGUACUGAUUUUUAUAAUUUGGUAUUAUGUUGUACAGUUCUUUUUGUUGUUGGGGUGUACAAGUACCGAUCCACGUACACUUUGUGCUUUUUAUUAGAUGUAUUUCUCUUCGUAUCCGUCUGAUGAGUUAAGCCUUAUUCAACAGGUUUGUAUUGUUUGUUAUUAUGUUGUACUGUUAAAUUAAUGUCCCAUGUUAGGGGAGGGUUGACGCAUUCAAAAUGGUUUAACCCCGCCACAUUUUGUAUGUCCUUGUUUAAGGUCAGAAAACAUGUAAUUCAGUAGUUGUCGUUAAUAGCUGUGUUAUUACAUAUUUGUUAUAAUUUCAUUAUUAUGAACAGAAGUUAGUUGUCUCGUUUGAAUUGUGUUACAUUUGUCAUUUUGGGACCUUUUAUAACUGACUAUGUGGUAUGGGCUUUGCUAAUUGGUCAAGGCAGUAUGGUCAUUAUAAUUGUUAAUGAUAUGUCAUUUUGUCAAAUAUCAAGAGUUGUUUCAUUUGCAAUCAUAUAUGCACACCGCAUCUUCUUUUUAUUUAAAGAAUUUGAGUUAAUUUUCUUGAGUGUGAUUUAUAGUGCUUUUAAGCGUUUGGAUCGUAGUCAACUAAUAAUUAAAAUGUGCAUAAUAUCUCGACAGCAAAAAAACAAAUUCAAAUUAAAAGAAAAAAAUACUAUAAACUAACAAAAAACAAUCAAAAGCAAGCAACAGAA